AUGAUACCCAAACAAAUUGUUGGACUUCCUUCACUCACUCUAGGCCUCUCUGUAGCUCAGAAUUUCCUAGCAGGACCACUACCAUCAGAAGUGAGUAUUAUGAAAAAUAUUGGGCUAUUCGAUGUUUCAAGAAACCAACUAUCAGGAAACAUUCCAAGCACUCUUGGUGAUUGUCUAAUCUUUCAAAUAAUAAUUUGUCUGGCAAGAUUCCGAGUUUUUCUAGGCAAUUUUUCUUUGAUUCAAUACCUCAACCUUUCCUAUAAUAAGUUUGAGGGUGAAGUUCCAAGUAAAGGAGUGUUUAGCAAUAUUAGUGCAUUCUCAAUUGGGGGAAAUAGCAAGCUUUGUGGAGGAAGUAAAGCAUUGCAAUUGCCUGCAUGUCCCACAAAAAUUUCAAAGAAACAAGAAAAGCAUUUAUCCAAUAGAGUACUAAUUAUUGCAAUUAGUGUUCCUGUCUGCAUCAUUUUGCUGCUCGCAUGCAUUUGUGUGACUCUGUAUUGGAAAAAAAGGUUGAAAGUGAAAGCAAUUUCAACCUUGUCUCUUGGGAACCAGUACCCAAAUCUUUCUUAUGCAGAACAACUUCAGGCAACUGAAGAAUUCUCCUCAAGAAAUUUGAUUGGCAAGGGAAGCUACGGUUCUGUGUACAAAGGGAUUCUCAAUGCUGAAACUAUGAGAGCAAUUGCAGUCAAGGUACUCAAUCUUCAAGUAAGGGGAGCCAGCAAGAGUUUCUUGGCAGAAUGUGAAGCAUUGAGGUACAUCCGACAUCGAAAUCUUGUUAAGAUAAUCACUGCUUGCUCAAGCAUAGACUUCAAAGGCAAUGGGUUCAAGGCUUUGGUCUUUGAAUACAUAUCCAAUGGGAGUCUUGAGAGCUGGCUACAUUCUAGAUCAGCGAACGAGGAGGACUCCAGGGACUUGAGCCUUGUUCAAAGGUUUAAUAUUGCAGUUGAUGUAGCCUCUGCAUUGGAUUAUCUUCACAACCACUGUGAAACACCUGUCAUUCACUAUGACUUGAAACCGAGCAAUGUUCUUCUUGGUGAUGAUCUCUCCGCCCGUGUAAGCGAUUUUGGUUUGGCAAGAAUUUGUCUGACCGAGACCAGUGCAUCCACUCAUACACACAGCAGUACUUCAAGUAGAAUUAGAGGAAUUUUAUAUUUCUUUUGUUAAAGUUCUCACUCUAAAUUGUGUUUCACUAAAAGGAUCAGUAUGUGUAUCAAACUAUGCGAAUUCAGUUACAUUCUUUGAACCUCAUAUUUGGAAAAGACUACCUUUUACAUAACGAGAUUAAUCAGUAUUCAAUUGCAACUGCAAUUAAAUUGAAUAUACUAAAUUUUCAUGUGAUGUCAAAAGCUUUUUAAU